AUGUUUAUGGGCGAGUACGCCGACAGUCUCCCUAAAAAACUCACCGACGCGCCGUGCGAAAGCGACCGUCUCACGAUCGAUGAAGCACACGAGAUAUACAGCUUCCCCAGAACGCGUAUCCCGUUGAAGGGCAGCCUCGGACGUGUUAUUGACGACGUUGUCGCUCGAAUUCAACAAUUUCAGCCGUGGGUGCAUCCUUUUGAUGGAUGGUGUGUCCGAGACACUACCAACGCCGGCUCUCGGAUGUGGGUCCUUCGAAAUCUUGACACCAAGGAGUACAUUCGACACACAGACAUUGACCAUGACAAUGACAGUGAAUAUCGGGAAUUCUAUGACGUGGGCCACAAGUUCGCUCUCAGGACGUCUUGGGGAGACAUCGGUCACCCUGUUGCAAGUGGUGCGUGGGCGGGUGAUAGAUUCGAUAUUGUGCCUGAGGACGACCUCGAGAUUGUAGUAGGAGAAGAUGGUCAAGUCACAAAGGUGAAUGGGUGGGAGGACGUCACCGACGAAGUGUCUAAGGAGAUCGAUUCUCUGGUUGACCUGUUAUAA